GAGGAGUCUCUGAAGCAGUUGUUGCAGUUUCAUGAUGGAUUUAGGUUUUUAAAGCCUCUUCGUGGGACUCCUGCGUUUUGGAUGUCCGUGCAGAAGGACGUCUUGGCAUGUGUGCAUCAGUUAGGGAUUCCGACGUGGUUUUGCUCGUUUUCGUCUGCAGAUCUGCGCUGGCAGAAUCUCCUGACCAGCAUCCUGAAGCAGGAAGGCAGAACGCAGACGGUAGAGGAUUUGGAGUGGGCAGACAGGUGUCAGUUGUUGCGUGGUAACCCAGUUACAGCAGCGAGGAUGUUUGAUUACAGAUGGCAUUGUUUUCUUAACGAGGUUCUCAUGUCUCCUGCUCAACCAAUUGGCAAAAUCAUAAAUUAUUUUCAUAGAGUCGAGUUUCAGCAACGCGGUUCUCCUCAUGUUCACUGUCUGUUUUGGAUUGAGGGUGCUCCCCAAAUUGAUAAGAAUACAGACGAGGAGGUUGUAGAGUUUAUUGAUAAGUACGUAUCGUGUGAGUUACCCUCAGAUGAUGACGCAUUAUUGGACAUUGUGUCAUCAGUGCAAACACAUUCCAAACGACAUUCAAAGUCAUGCAGGAAAAAGAAGACUGUAUGUCGUUUCAAUUUCCCAAAACCUGUGUCUGAGCGUACAUUUAUUUGUAAAAUAGAAGAAAUAAAAUGCACAUGUGACAAGAAGGAGGCAGAGAAGACAGGGGAGGAUCCUCAGUCAGAAGACAAACCAGUCUGUAGGUGUUUUGACAGGAGUAACAAGAUGAGAGCAGAGAUUGCGAAGUCCAUAUUGGAAUCCGUUAAGAAAGCAGUGGAAAGUGAGUCGUUUGGUAGUGUAGAGGAGUUAUUUAUGAGUGUGGGCAUUAAUCAGGAGAUUUUUGAAAUGGCAUAUAGGAAAAUGCAAAAGAAGACCAAGGUAGUUUAUAAGAGAGGAGUAAAUGAAGUUUGGGUCAAUCAGUAUAGCAAGCAGUUGUUGAAGUGUUGGAACGCUAACAUUGAUGUGAGCUUUGUAACUGAUGCGUAUGCAGUUGUUGUGUAUAUAAUAUCGUAUAUUACAAAAGCAGAGAGAGAAAUUGGCCUGUUAUUGAGUAAUGCCCAAAAAGAAGCCAAAAACCAAGCAAAUGUCUCAGCUAAAGACGCGUUGAAGAAGUUGGGUAGUGUGUAUUUGCAUAAUAGGGACGUUAGUGCUCAGGAGGCAGUGUAUAGGUUAACGAACUUGCAUUUGAAGGAGUGCUCUAGGAAGGUUGUGUUUGUGCCGACAGGGAAUAAUAUAGUGAAGAUGAGUUUACCCCUCAGUGUUUUGAGGCAGAGAGCAUCUGCACACGAUCUUAGCACAGAAGAUAUGUGGAUGACGAGCUUCGUGGAUAGAUAUAGGAACAGGCCCGACGGUGAUGUGUUUGAAAAUAUGUGUAUGGCGACAUUUGCGUCGGAGUAUCGUGUUCUUUCCAAAAACGAAAAGUCUCCGGACAUGAUUCGAUUGAAAAAUGAUUUGGGCUUCAUUUUGAAGAGAACACGUACUCAGUUUGCGGUUGUUUGGUACAUGCGCGUUAGUUUGGAAAAACAUCCAGAGUUGCAUUUUCAGAGUUUGCUGCAGUUGUUCCUUCCAUAUAGAACUGACUCAGACCUCAAACCUGAAGGCUUUGAGCUGUUUGAACAGUUCCAUGAGGAUGGAAGUGUAGCAUUUAGUGACGGGUCGGUACAUGUGGUUAAGGACGUGGUGAAGGAUAAUAGAGCAGUAUUUGAUGUAGAUAAUCCAGAUUUAGAGCGUGCGCAGGAGAUUGCAGAGCAGCACGGUGUAGAUGAGGAGGAUGCUUGGGGGGAGCUGUGUCCUGAACAGGAAGUUGAACGCCUUGAGUGUUUAGAGGAGAGAAGGCAGCAGCAGGGAUCUGAGAUAGUAGAGGAGCAGUUACAAGAACGUCUGGAGAAUGUGCCAGAUUUGGUUAUUGGUAGUAGACAGGUAGCGCAGUUGGAGAGGAAGAGGAAUGUGAUGUGUAGAAGUGAGGGCUUAGCUUUAGUUAGGUCUCUCAAUGAGACACAGAUGGCUGUGUUUUAUAAGGUCAGACAGUGGUGUUUGCAGAAGGUGAUGGGUAAAAACCCAGAACCUCUGCAUGUGUUUGUGACAGGUGGUGCAGGGAUGGGGAAAAGUCAUUUAAUUAGGGCUAUUCAGUAUGAGGCAGGGAGGUUGUUGUCCACACUUUGUGAUCAACCAGACGAUAUUUGUGUUUUGUUAACCGCACCUACAGGCAUAGCUGCAUACAAUUUAAAUGCAGCAACAAUUCAUCACACAUUAAGUAUUGGCACGCAUGCCAGUUUGCCUUACAUCCCUUUGGGUGAGGACAAACUAAACUCUUUGAGAGCCAAAUUUAGUCAACUCCAAAUUGUAAUCAUAGAUGAAAUCAGUAUGGUUGAUCACAAUCUGUUGGCAUAUGUUCAUGGUAGGUUAAGGCAGGUGAAGCAGACAGGCGACUUUUCCCCAUUUGGUAAUGUCAGUGUGAUAGCUGUUGGAGACUUCUAUCAGUUGCCUCCCGUUAAAGGGAAACCUCUGUAUAGCUGUCCGCUUGGUGUGGACCUGUGGUGUGGUUUUAGUAUAGUGGAGUUGACAACCAUAGUUAGGCAGAAGAAUAGUGUGUUUACAGCGUUGCUGAACAGGUUGAGAGUGCAUUCAAAGGCCACCCCCAUGUUAGCUAGUGAUGUUGAAAUAUUAAAGGCUUGCGAGACAGGGGAAGAGAGCUCUGCUUUGCAUAUUUUUCCAACAAAUAUGCAAGUACUCGUACUUGUACUCAUACUCGUCGUCCUCCGCUUAUCCGG